AUGAAUUUCUCACGGUUCUUGGACUUGCAAUCAUGGUGGGAAGUGCCGUCAAUCGCAUAUUUUUGUUCCCUAUUCAGAACUGCAUUCAAUCUUCUAGAUUUUGACAUCGAAGAAUUGGAGGAAGCUCUUCUGACAGAUGGCACAGAAGAGUCUGCCAGCUCUCUCCUGACCGAGUUGAUUGUGCGCCUUUUGAACGGCUGUUUAGGCAACAAUGACAUCUCUGCCUUCAAUUACCAGAUGUAUCUGAGGCGUCUCUUCAGAAGAAAAUGCCAAGAAACAGGAAGAUAUAACCCCUUCAACACUGAUAUUGAUUUCCAAUUCCUUCCUCUCCGAACAAAGGUUGAAAUUCUUUAUGCUUUAUGUGACUUUCGGUUAGAUGCUGAAGAUGUUUUUGAUUUGUUUAAGAACCUUGAAGCUGAAAGUCUUAGAGUAGAACCACUAGGGUGGGAUGACAAUGAUUCAGCUUAUUGGUAUUUUUAUGGGACAAGAUUAUAUCGUGAAGACAUUAUAAGAAAACCUAAAGGGAAAAGUAAAAAGAAGAGAAGUAAAGAGAGUAAAAAGAGAGGCUGGUUUUAUGGGGAUGACUGGUUGGAUGAUGAUGAAACUGAACGUGUCUGGCAAGUUGUUUGCUUUACUGAAGAAGACUGGACCCACCUGACGGAGAAGUUCAGCAAGGCAACAAGCAAGGUUGAAAAAGAACUAUACAGGUCAUUGUCACAAAAUUUUUUGCCUGAAAUACCCAGAUUGUUCCAAGAGAAAGAACGACUUCAAAGAAAAAGGUUGUUAGAACUAGCACCACGGCGAACAUCUAGUCGUGUUCUGCAAAAAAUCAAAGAAAAAGAAGAGGUGAAGCAAAACACGCAUGACAUUAAAGAAGAAGAAGAAGAAAGGAAGGAAACCCCAGAUAUUGCACGUGAAAAUCGAGCCAAGCGGCGAAACUUACUAAGGUCAAAGUCGGUGACAUCAGAUUCGUCGGAAAACUCUGCAAGUGAAAGAGAAGAGAUGCCACAAAAAGCAGCAAAGCAGUCUAAACGACAGGACAAGCGGUCAAAAAACUCAUCUGCCACGCAAAAAGGCGAACCACCACCAGAACCACCGGUAAAAACAGGAAGAAAAACAAAUAACUCCCUUGCAUCUGCUACCGGACAAAUAGUUAUACCCGACAAUGACGAACCUGUUAAUAGUACUAGGAAAAAGCUGAAGACAUCACAAAUAUUUAGCCAAACUGAAGAAGAUAUACAAACAGAUAUGUACAAGGUUUUGGAACAACUGACUGCUCAUGAAGAUGCUUGGCCGUUUAUGGACCCAGUGGAAGAGGAGUAUGCUCCUAAUUACUAUGCUGUGAUAAGGCGUCCUAUGGACUUACGUAAAAUGGAGCAGCGACUCGAUAGUGGCUACUACACAGACUUUUCAAUGUUCAAAGCUGAUUUCAAACUUAUUGUGAAUAACUGCAGGCUUUACAAUGGUCAAGAUAAUGAAUAUACAAUAAUGGUUGAUAACUUACAAGCUGCUUUUGAUCGUCUGACUGAAAAAUACAUACACAGAUUAUCAUCAUCAGAUGAAGAAAUAGCUGUGGAGUAUCAGAUACCAACUCCUUCGCGAAAACAUAAAUUAAAAACAAGUGAAUCUCCAAGCCGCCAUAAAAAGAAAAAACGGAAAUCUCAUUCUGAUGAUACUGGUGAAGCCAAAUCUACUAAUUCAUCUACAGCUUUAGAAGACGAAACAAAUGAACAAACAGUCGAAGUCGAAAAGAAAUCAAAAGAAUCUCAUAAAAACAAGGACGGCAAAGGUAAAAAGAAACGCAAGGGUCAUCAUCGCCAUGGCAAACAUUCCAAGAACCACAAGAAAGAAUCACAUCGGUCAGACCACGGCGAACCCACGAAAAGUCGGCAUAGUAAGAAACAUACAAAAAAUAAAGAAAAAGAGGGCAAAAAAUCUAAACAAAAGAAGAAGAAAAGCAAACACCAUGAAACUGAGCCUGUAGAGGAAUUAAAACGAACAGUUUCAGUAGAGUCCUUAGAAAGUUCUAACAGGAGUAGAAGUGCAAGUCCUUUGCCGUCUAUACAUACACCGUCUCCAUCGCCGACGGAACUCAAUCAAGCUGACCAAGCAGACCAAUCUGACCAGCUCAAUGAUUCAGAUUUUUUCAAAGAUAAAUACGAUAAAAUAAAAGAAAGACGCCGGCAUGCAGUUAAGGAUGCUUGGGAGUCUUUAUUCGAUUAUAAACAAAAAGCUAUAGAUAAACAAAAUCUCCACAUACCUGAAAAAGAUAAAAAUCAAAAAUUGAGAGAAACCAUAGAAAAAUUGAAGGCGAAAAACGAAAAAUACCAUCUAAAAAGCACUCUGUUCAAUAGCUUAUUUACAACAGGUCACAGCAGUACGGACAAAACACCUGAUUCUAUUAAAGAAUCUUCUGUGAAAGAUCCUGAAGAAAAGAAUGAUGAGGAGUUAACUGAUGAAGAUUUAUCAGAAGGUCAAAAUCAAAAAGGUAAGACUGGAACCAAAAAAGGUCACAAAAAGAAUACAGCUAAAAAUGAAUCUGCAUCAGAGGCUUUAGAACAAGCUGUAAAAGAUAUUAGCAAAUGGCUUGAUGAUGCUCCGAAAGGAUCAGUAGCAAGCUCACCAUGUGAUAGCCCAGCACAAACGAUUUCGACAGAAGAACAUGACAAUAGUCGCUUGGAUGAUGAGUUUUCACAAGGCGAAAAAUCGAAUCCAGUUCGAAAAGAAACGUCGCGGAAAAGACCAUCAUCCCGAGAACCAAAAGUUCUUAAACGUAGGGAAAUACAAAGAACUAUCGAUAGAUUACAACCUGGAAAAGGAAAAGGAAAUUUACUAACAAAUAUAACGAACAAGAACUCUGAAAAAACAGAAGAAGUAACUCCACUUGGCCCACUUAAUAAAUUAAGGGAUGCUAACAAGGUGGAAGAAUCAAGUCCUAAAUUGAGCCUUGGUUCAGUUCUACCAACAGUAGAAUUUACUCUUGGUAAUGAUCAUAAUUUUGCUAACGACGAACCAAAACCUGUAGCUGAGUCUCCAACAGUUCACACUACUUUGGAAGAAGAACCUAAAGAAGACGACAAAAAGGAAGAAAAACCAGUUGAAAAGAACAAAGAAACCGUAACUAUUCAACCCAAUAAGAAAGAUGCAGAGGUUGGGACUGAUCUUCCCACUACUACAAAGCCAAACCAAGAAAAAGCUACACCUAAUUUAAGUGCUUGGUUCAAAGCCUUCGGUACGCCCAAAAGUACGUCUAGUGUAUCAACAACUAAAAAGAAAGUCGAAGAUCCAGAUUUGGAAGAUAAAAAUACAGAAAAUUUGAACAAUGACACUAAGCCUGCGAGUCCGAAAAAUACCGCAAAGUAUGAUUCCCCUACUCACCCUGAUACUCCGAAUCCUGAAGGUGGUGACAGUCCUCUUCCCAAUGCGUCUGUCACUCCUAGACAACGAAGGACAAGUACGGGAAGUUCCGUUUCGGAAAGGUCUUCUUUCAGUCAAGACCUUGAUUCGCCAAGACAUCAGAUGUCUCAUACAUCUCCUUUGCUUCGGUCUCCUGCAUCGCCGAGAACAGAUGACUUCCAAAAGAUAACAUAUCCCAUCAUUAAUGGUACUGUGAGGGCGGGAUUUUAUCAAGACACCACAUCUGUAAAAAGUAGUCCUGAGAAAAGUUGUAGCCCACGAGAAGCUCCUCAAUCUCCAUAUUCUCCAUAUUCUCAACAACAUGUUUAUGCUUCGAAUAAUGUUAUGGGAUCGACUACGCCAAAUUACUUUGUAGAUCAUAAUAAAAGUCCGUUACCAACAUAUACUCAAAACCCACCCCCAUAUUACGACACUUCUAAAGUACCGUUAGUUAGUAAACCUGCUAGAGUUCAUGAUGAUUACACUGCUUUAGGUCCCGAUUCUUAUCAACAAAAUCAAUAUAGUGGUCCCUUUUCUCCAGGUCACUCGUCAUUUUCUCAAACACAACAUCCUUCUCAAGCAGGAUCUGACACUCAAAUAUCUUCACAAUCAACGACAUCACAGAUUUUGCCAGAUCCUAAAAACUCCUUAUUUCCUGUUAAGAAACGUACUUACAAUGAACCCGAAGUCUCUACAGCUCCAACCAAGAAAAUUUCGGAAGCUAAAGAAGUACCAACACUAUCGCAAACCAAAAAUGAUUAUCAGAAGGUAGCUCAGAGUCUUCAUUCAAUAUCAUCAGCAAUGCCAACACAAUCAGUUGACGACAUUGCGCUGGCAUUAAGCGAGAAAUCAGAGAUUGCCAAAUUGAACAGUCUUCGUGAAAAGAAUUCCGUCAAUUAUAUGGAUAGACGUUCUAAUGAUAAUAGAGAUAAUAUUGCUUUUAAUAAUGAAUCAAUACUUGAAGUUAAAAAAGACGUUCCUGGUGUAGACCUUAAUAAGUCUGUUAAUAUUUCAAAAAAAGACAACAUUGAUAUGGUUAAUAUGGGAUAUAUGACUUCAGAACUCGACAGGAGAAAUAGUAGCGAAUCACAUGAGGUUGAUUAUACAAUAGCGCGAGAUGCUACUAAAAGUACUUCAAAUCAACAAAAAGGAUUUGAAGUUGAGGCGAUUGCUAUCAAUCUUGGCUUGGGCAAUCAGCAAAUGCAAAAAGCUGCAGCAAAAGCUACUAUUAACUCCAACAAUAUUCCUCCAGCCCAUUCACAGGAUCGAACACUUAACGAAAUGAAUACUAACCAAAACAUAGCUCACGCUCAUCAUACUCAGUAUGAUGUCCUAAGCAGUGGACAAGCUAUAAGUAAUUUCUCAUUAAAUGAUAUUGAGUUAGCCAACAAGAAACUUCAUUAUGCAUGCAAUACGACUUCAUCCCCGGCUGCAUUGGAUUACGGUAACUGGAAAAUGGCUAAUCAAAUGCGCAAACAAGACCUUCUAGCCACUGACUAUCCAACUAACUACAGUUCAAAUAAUGUAGACAAAUUGAAACCUGAUGUUGUAAGUCCGAGCACAAAUGCUAUAAAUUAUAAUAAAAAUGUACAACAAACAUAUAACAACUACAAUACGCCAAGAACAAGUAUGCAAAGGUCUCAAGACUUACAACAAAAUCUUCCUGCCGAAUUAAGAAUACCGAAUCCACGGGGACUCCUCAAAACUGACCUGUCUGUUGCUUCCUCCAGUGCUGAUAUUGAAAUGGUACCAAAAAGUAUCGAUACCCAUGCAAAGUCGCAAAAAGCAGAGAAGUUGGUCCAGAACCACCCCUUAGUUGGAUCGUUACCUUACAAAACACCUUACAGUGCACAUUCAACAAUACCUCUUGAGAGUUUAAGAAACUUGCCAAAAAUUCCCCAAAUGUUAGAUAGAUAUGCAAAUGAGGAAAGAUAUUUGUCUAGCUUUGCGGGAACCAAUCCCUCGUUAUAUCAUGAAAAAUCUUUCCAAAUGGCACAAAUCUUUAACAAAAGCAUAUCUUCUGAUGUACACCCUACAACAUCUGUCAACAUAUAUUCUCAACCAUCUAUUUCGAUCAGUAAAGACAACAGUUCUUACAAAGUUUCUAAUAACGUGACAACUCAGGGAGAUACAAAAACGAAGACAAAAAGAAAACGAACAGCAGAAACUAAAACUCAUAUGAGUACACAGAGUUAUCAUCCAUCGCCAUGCACGGAUGUGUUAUCAUCAGUAAAAACAAGUAUUAUACCUGGAAGUGCAUUUAAUUUUGGUACAACUACCAAUAUCGCUCUUGGUGGGGGAUUGUACAGUGAUAAUGCUGGAUUCUCUAUUGAAGAUUUUCGAAAUAGUACUGCAGCCAAUCAAUUGAUGGCAGCAAAUUAUAUGGCCGCGGCUGUUGCUCAUCAACAAAGAAAUAACUCAGAUUCGAAUGCUGAGAAAUUAGUAAAACCAGCUCAUCAGAAUUCAGCUCACAGUAGCUCUUUCCCUUUCAUUGGACAUUCACAAACUAGAACGGGAUAUCCUUUUGUUGGAGCUGAUACGUCAUCGCCUCUCUAUCAGCAGUAUCUUCAACGUCAUCAGGAAGAAUUACUUCGACAAACUGGCGCGCAGAUCAUGGGGCUUUACCCACCGGGCUACCCAGCCAGCCUUGGUGUAAGACAACCUUAUGACUCUAUAAACAGACCUUCGUGGCUGUAA